AAAUAACUUAUCGAUAACUAAACUAUAGUGCUGUAAAAAACUUCAAGAACAGUGUUGUACAUCAGCACGCGGCAUCUUUUUUUGGCGGCCAUCACAACGCAAAACUGAAGAACGCAAGACAAAACGCUUAAAUUAAAUGUGCUAACAAAUAGUGAGCACAUAUCUAAAAAAAAAACAUUAUAAAACCAAACGACUUGAAAAUGUCCACGGGCGCUGCAAGAGUUUACAUUCAAGUUGAGAGCGAGGCCGAGCAGCAGGAGCAUCUGAAGCAACAACGCAAAACUCUAAAGCCAUUGCAGACAAACGCCAACGAUAAGGAGAAUUUGACUGGACCAGGUCGCGUCUCCAUCGUGGAUCAACUUAGUCGCUUGAAAGCCGGCGUGAAUCUAACGCCAACGCCAAAAUAUGGUAAACGUAAAUGCGUAGAAACGGGUACGGGACCCUCAACAAUAAUAAGCAAACAGGAUGCGGACACACAAACUGAAGAGAACUCAAUUCAAGAAGCCAAAGAUGCUGAUAAGCCCAUCACAGCGGAAGAUCUGACCAGCGAGUGUGAGCCGGGCGAGAAUUACUACAAACUGUUGGCAGAGCAGCGACGCGCUGCACUGGAGAAUUCACUGAUCGAGAAUCGUCAUUUGCACGAGAGAAUCGAUGGCUUGGAGGAGGAGAUAAACAUAAUGCGCAAGGAACUGGACGAAGCUAACAAUCUAGUUGAGGUACUCAAGGAAAUAUGCGACGAGAAUGAGAGCGAAGACCCGGAGGCAGAGGCGGAAGCAGAGGCAUAGUUACAAAAUGCUAUUUACCAAUAAAUACAAUUUUUAUGUUUUUACGUUUAACAUUAUAUUAGAUUAUAUUAUUAUGAAAGUAGUUGUAGUCGAAUCAUUUCAAAUUUCUUAACUUAUUCAAUUACACGCAACCACAAUCUCCAACCCAAUGGACUGGUCUCACUGUACUCCAGCAAUAAAUAUUUACUAGUUUCAAUAAAUGGUUGUUUCCUCUGAAU